ACGUUACCCAACAUCUUUGACAAAGAAAUAACUUCAGCUUAAUUUACUUACAACAUCUUGAAAAAUGGGCGAUGGAACAUUGAAUAUCCAUUUCACAUGUCAGAGGUGUCUGCAGCCCCUGAAAUUGGAUGCAUCUUUUCACAAUAUGAAUGAGCACACCAUAGCAGAACUUUCUUUGCCUGUUUUCUCUGCUCCGGACAUCAAUUUCGAGUUGAACUCUUCCGAGCUUGACCACAUCAUUCCGCCCUUCAAAGUGAGUGAUGCUGGAGCAGGUGGCAAUGGGUUCACUCUUUUAGGUGGUGACACUUCAGAUCUUAACAAUCAAACACGAAUUGCAGCUAAUUUACUGAACAUAGUAUCUGGCCAUUCAGCAGUGGACCAUCCACUCUGUGAAGAGUGUGCUGAUUCUUUAUUAGACCUCAUGGAUCAAGAAUUAAAACUAACCGUUGAAGAGUGCCACCAUUAUCAGAAGUUUUUUGUUAAAAAAUUUGAAGUUCUCGGGAAUGAUGGUGAGUUGGACACUCUGACGAAGGAACUUGAAAAACUUAAAGAAGAAGAAGAGCGAUUAAUGAAUGAAUUGGCAUCCUUACAAGAAGAGGAAAAAGCAACAGAGGGUGAUAUAGCUGUAGGAGAAGAAGAAAAAGAAAGGCUGGAUCAAGAGGAACAGCGGUAUUGGCGAGAAUAUAGUCGGCAGCGCUCGGAACUAAUGCUAACUGAUGAUUUGCAUCGAAGUCUUGAAUGUCAGCUCAGCUAUGCCCAGUCUCAACUAGCAAAAUUAAAGAAAACUAAUGUUUUUAAUGCCACGUUUCAUAUAUGGCAUAGCGGACAUUUUGGAACAAUCAAUAAUUUCCGUCUUGGACGGUUACCUUCUGCACCUGUUGACUGGAGUGAAAUCAAUGCUGCCUGGGGCCAGACCGUGCUUUUGUUGACAGCAUUAGCUCGUAAAAUGAAUCUAACUUUUGAAAAAUUUAGACUAGUGCCAUAUGGUAAUCACUCUUAUAUAGAGGUCCUGGCUGAACAUCGGGAGUUACCUUUGUAUGGGAGCGGUGGUUUCAGAUUUCUAUGGGACACGAAAUUUGAUGCAGCCAUGGUUGCAUUUCUGGAAUGCUUGCAACAGUUUAAAGAAGAAGUAGAAAAAGGUGACUCAGGUUUUUGCUUGCCUUAUCGAAUGGAUAAAGGGAAAAUAGAGGAUUCUGCAACUGGUAACUCCUACUCUGUGAAAAUUCAGUUCAAUUCUGAAGAACAGUGGACCAAAGCAUUAAAAUUUCUUUUGACAAACUUGAAGUGGGGUCUCGCCUGGGUUACCUCUCAGUUUGCGAAAGAUCAAGGAUGGAUGACCAAUGAGUCGUUAUAGGGGGCCCAUGUUUCGUUCCUCGUACUAUUCUUCCUUUUCUAUCUAACACUUCAAGUCAUUCUUUUUGUCGACCUUAACGCAAGCAAGGGUCACAUCACUUGUGAUUCAGUAAUAUUAGAACACCAAUGAAAUGUGCAUGUUGGUUACAUUUUUCGAAGCAUUGUAUUCCUAAUGUUUCUCUUACACCUCAGUUAUUGCUCCAUGUUUUUCUCUGCUGCAGUCGAAGUUGAUGAAAGUCAAUUGAAUAAGUUUUUAUUUUUUUCGGCCAUUCACUUGUUAUAUGCUAAUUAAAGCUUGAGGAGAAAAAUAGCAUGCCUUUAAAAUAAUUACUCCCUACUAUCUUGUACUACACCGGCAAAAAGAGUUGACAGUUUUCAAUCGGUGAUCAGAUCUACUUUUCAAGUUGAUAAACUGUCCCAUUGCAUUGAACUGAUAUGUUAAUCUUGCUUUACAAGCUAUUGUAAUUUCACAUUACUAAUUGUAACUAAAAGUAACUUUUUGUUCUUGACCCCCCUCUGCAAGAAUAGUUCUGUAAACUCAAAUUUCGUUAUGUUUCAUGAUCAGAAUAGGAACACUGAUCAUCCUCCUCCUGAAUGACUGUUAUUAGUUAAGUGGACGCAUCUUAAAUUUUUAAGCUCUCCAUGCAUUAAAUCAUUAAAAUUUAAUCUUUUCAGCUGUAAACAUCAAACGAUUGAAAAGAGUAGUCGAACUUUUCACGGAAAAAUUGGAAGGAAGAGACCAGUCAAGUGUACUCAUGACCAAAUUCUCACAUUUGCUUCCCGCAGGCCCUCAAAAUUUUGCGUUCCUAACGGGUUCUCACUCCCUCCCUGCUAUCUUGCCUUCACGAAUUCCGUAACACAUAAAUUAUCUCUUAUGUCAUUUGCAGAUCCUCCUCCUUGCAUUAUUUUCUGUAUUCUCUAGAUAUACAUCGGGGCAUGCUCACCUCCUGAACGAUGUUAUGUACUUUCUGCACUCAUAAUGUACUAAAUGGUCUAGUAAGAAAAAUGUCAUCUUUAAAUAGCGUCUUUUCCACACAGAAAUUAAAGAAAUUGAAAGAAAAAAAAAAAA